AACAAAACCCAAGCGCUAGUUAAGAAACAUGGCACCCGCCUGUAUUUAUUAUUUUGCAGUGUAGUGCAAACAAUUCCUUCAUUAUGUAGAAAAGUGUAGCCUAAAUUCAAAUUCAGUUUUAGAAUUUGCUUUUUAAUUUAUGAAAAUAAAUUACUUUCUCAACAAAUACCUGAGAAAAUGCAUAAGGAAUCUUAUCAAGAAACGUCUGAAAUCUCAACAGAGCAAGAAAACGAUGCCUUAAACACGACACACAAAAAUUCACCCUCAAAGUUACAAAAAUGCAAAUUUUGCUAUCUAGAAUUCCAUGCAAUUAAUGACUAUUUAUCGCAUAUUGAAACUACACACCAAAAUAUUCAAAGCAACAAAUUUAUGUGCAGCGAAUGUGGUAAACAAUACAAAACAAAAAAUGAACUCACAAAUCACAUAAAUUCAAAAUGCGGAACAAUAAAACGGUUUAAGUGCAAAAUUUGUGACCAAAAUCUGAUGUCAGCUGGUUCUCUGUAUAAUCACAUGUUACGGCAUAAGGAUGUAAAGAGUUUUAUGUGUCGAUAUUGUGCCAAAUUAUUUUACACUGCAGGACAACUGCAAGUGCACGAACGAAUACAUACUCAAGAUAGAGCUUAUGUUUGCGAGGUAUGCAACAAAGGGUUUUGUCAUAGACAAAGCCUCAUCACACACAGUUCUAUCCAUACAGGAAUUAAACCCUAUCAGUGCGAAAAUUGUGGCAGUUCAUUCAGUUGCGUUGGAAAUCUAAUAAAGCACAGGAAAACUCAUGCAGACACAUGUGGUUUAAUUCCAUUAACAACUCACAGGGUUAAACAUCCUUCCACUAAAAUUAAAGUCAGGAUUAACACGCCUUCAACCUCAAGACUAAAGAAUUAUGAAAAAGGCAAAGAAAUUCAAAAAGAACUGGAAAAUUUAAAGACUGAAUUGAGAAAAGACAGUGACGUUAAACUGGAGCUUUCUUCACAGUACGUGCAACGUUUUGCGCAAGAUAUGAAGAUAGAACGAGAUUCAACAAUCGUGAAAGAUGUAGAAAACAAAAUUAAAGUAGAGAAAGUAGAAAAAGACUGUGAUAAUCAAAAUGAAGAUGAUUGUCUGGAUUCUAGUGGCAGUGAUAAUGACGACGAUGAUGUCGAUAAUAGUAACGACUGUGUAAAUACUGUAGAAGACAAUAACACUGACGAAGAAGCAAUUUUUGGUAUAGAUCCAGAGAAAAAUGAAUGGCAAAUUGCACAAACUGACAGUAAGAAUGAACGCACAACAGUAAAAGAUCCACAAAAGAAAAUUAUAAAAGAAGACUUAUUAAAAUUUAUACAAGAAACUAGUUUUGACAGCGAUGGUUAUGGCGACUGUAAAUAUUGUGGCAAAAGGUACAUGAAUGCCACCUGGUUAUAUAAACAUGUUAAAAAUCACGAAAAAAGCAUUCCAGUGGGAAAUGACAAUAACUUUGGUGUUCCUCUCCACAAAUGCAGUUGCUGUAAGAUGACUUUUUAUACCAAGGAAGAUAGUUUGAUUCAUCAACAGACCAACCAUGCAGAUAUCUUAACAUGUCAAGACUGUGAAAAGUUAUUUGCUAAUCGCGACUCAUUACGUUCACAUCAAAAAGUAUUUCAUCAGGGUAUGUGUAGGAAAGCCUAUAUAUAUGUGUGUGAAAAAUGUGGCCAACAUUUCAAACAAAAAUCAAAACUUAAAGUUCAUGAGGAAAGAAACUGUAACAAAGGCCCGUAUUAUGAAUGCUCAAUUUGUAAAAAACAGUUCUCAAGUAUAUACAGCAGAAACAACCACAUGAGAGUUCAUGAUCCUGAGAAGAAACUUCUGUGUAAAUUCUGCGCUAAAAGUUUUCACUGGAAGGGGCAACUUAAGAUUCAUGAACGUAGCCACACUGGAGAAAAACCUUUUGCAUGUUUAUACUGUCCAAAAGCAUUUGCUUACAGAGAAAGUCUGAUUACUCACAGCAGUAUGCAUACUGGAAUCAAACCACAUUUAUGUGAUGGAUGUGGUGCUAGGUUUUCCUGCAUUGGAAACUUGAUUAAACAUAGAAGUAGUCAUGCCAGCGAAUGUGGAGCAUGGACUUACAAGACACAGCUUCAAGAGUUUGGCAGCUAACUCAAUUCCUAAAAUUGAUUUAAUUUAUAUUUUUAUUGUCAAAAAUAAACAAUGAUAUUUCAUAA